AGCGGCUCCGCCCCGUUCCCCGGCCCACUCCCUGUCUGGAUAAAGGAUAAGAAAACUGAACACGAACAGGCGUGCGCACCGAGCGAGCGAGCGGCGGCAGCUCUCUGCAACAGCGAGCCCGUCCAUGGCGUCCCUCUCCCCAUCCCUCCACCUCCCCUGCAAUUCAAGAACAGGCUUCCUUGGGAAGUCGCAAGGAAUUCGUCUUCGUGUUAUCCCUGCUGGCAGAGUUGGUUUUGUUAGAAAAACUGUGGAAUGCAAGGAAUCUAGAAUCGGGAAGAAGCCUAUUGAAGUUCCAUCAAAUGUUACUCUGACAUUAGAGCAGCAGUUUGUCAAAGCUAAGGGUCCACUCGGGGAAUUGUCAUUAAACUAUCCCAAUGAAGUGAAAGUUGUGAAAGAAGAAUCUGGCAAACUAAGAGUAUUCAAGACUGUGGAAACCAAAAGGGCGAAUCAGAUGCAUGGCCUUUUCAGAACUCUGACAGAUAACAUCAUCGUGGGGGUGUCUAAAGGAUUCGAUAAAAGGCUUCAGUUAGUCGGUGUUGGAUAUCGUGCGACAGUGGAGGGCAAAGAUCUCGUGAUGAACCUGGGAUUCUCACACCCUGUCCGGAUGGCCGUUCCAGAAGGGCUGCAAGUUAAGGUGGAGGAGAACACCAGGAUCAUCGUGAGUGGCUACGACAAAAGCGAAAUUGGUCAGUUUGCUGCCACCAUAAAGAAGUGGAGGCCUCCGGAGCCAUACAAGGGGAAGGGUAUCCGGUACCAAGACGAGAUUGUCAGGAGGAAGGAGGGGAAAGCUGGGAAGAAGAAAUAGAUGGAUGUUGCUUUCCUUUGCAGGUCUCAUAAUUUCUCUUUUUCCCUCUGUAAUCCAUCAUCUUUUGAGUACUAAAACCCUACUUACGAAUGAGGACUGCUACGCUUACCAUCUUUUCGUACAAUUUUGUUACAACGUGUGUAUAUUCUGUGAAGCAGCUGGCAAUGCAUAAGGGCUUAAGAUUUGGUUUGGUU